AUGCCACCCAUUCCUAAACAGAUGAAAGCUGUCCAGGUAACGGAGUACAACAAACCCUAUGUUAUCAACAGCGUGUCCGUACCGACCGAUCUCGGACCCCAUGACCUUCUGGUCAAGGUGGCCAUUGCCUCGUAUUGCCAUACCGACUCCAUGGUGGCUGGGGGAACCUUUGAAACUGAGCUGCCUGUGACCGGGUCCCACGAGGGAUCUGGGACUGUCACCCUGGUUGGAUCCGAGGUGAAUGACUUCAAGAUCGGAGACCGUGUCAUGUGCGGCCUUCCUUUACAUCCUUGCGGCGCUUGUCAUGACUGCCUAGGGCCCGAGGAAAGCCAUAGACAGUAUUGCUCCCAUAUCACCGGCCACGUCGGCGUCCACGUCAAUGGCUGUUUCGCCGAGUAUGUCAAGGUUGACGCACGUCACACAACGCAUCUCCCGAACGAGGUCAGUUUGCUUUCUGCCGCGCCAUUGGCAUGCGCAGGCCGAACGAUAUGGCGCGGCGUACUCCAGACGGGACUCAAGGCCGGUCAAUCCCUGGCCAUCGUGGGAUCCGGAGGUGGUCUUGGUCAUCUGGGGAUACAGUUUGCCAAAAAGGCCAAAGGUCUGAAUGUGAUUGCCAUUGAUGCUAGGGAGGAAGGCCUAGAACUGUCGAGGAAGACCGGAGCUGACAUCGUCAUUGAUGCACGCACGUCAAAAUCAAAAGUUGUUGCCGAGGUACAGGCAGUCACUGGUGGUGAUGGUGCUGAUGCCACCAUUGUGCUGGCAGAUGCAGAGGAAUCGGCUGCACUGGGCUGUGCCGUCACUAGAAUGCAUGGCACUCUGGUUCAGAUUGCACAGCCAGACGAGAUCAAGAUUCCCUUCCAGGAACUUGUCUUUCGCGAUAUCCAUGUCAAGGGUAGUCUGCUGUGCUCACCGGAAGAGUCCAAGAGCAUGUUGGAGGCGGUUGCGGAGCACGGUAUUACAGUCAAGACGCAUGAGUUCAACAGCUUGUACAAGAUCAAGGAACUGAUCGAUCUCGUCCAUGGCGGAAAGGUGUCGGGCAAGGCUGUAGUGGUCGUUGAUUCAGAGCAGUUGAAAGCGGAAAAGAAAUUGGGUGCAAAGUAUUAG